GAGAAGGGUUGAAGUGACUUGUUUCUGGAAGACAACAUGAAUAAGACCUACUGUACUCAACCAAAUAAGAAAUUUUUUGAACAUACAAUACUGCCUACUCUUUACAUCUUGGUAUUUAUUGUUGGACUGGUAGCUAAUGGCUGGGGAUUGAAGUCUUUGCUGCACAACUGGAAGAAACUUGGGAAUAUUAAUGUCUUUCUUCUAAACCUUGGACUUGCCGACAUUUUGUAUCUGUUUACUCUACCCUUUCUGAUUGCGUACUACCUUAAAGGUAGUAAAUGGAUCUUUGGAGAAGCCUUCUGCAAGGUAACAAGAUUCUGCUUCAACCUGAAUUUAUACUGCAGCAUCGGAUUCCUAACAUGUAUAAGCGUGUACAGGUACCUGGGCAUUGUCCAUCCAAUGAGAUCUUUGGGGAGAUUAACAGUGACUCAUUCUGUGGUCAUCUCAGUCAUUGUUUGGAUUCUGGUGAGUGUUCAAAGCCUUCCAGACAUGUUCUACCCCAAAACAUUUACAGACAGAAAAUGCUUUGACACCACCUCUAACUACUAUAUAAAGAGUUACCUGCAUUACACCAUCAUAUGGACAUUCGUUGGAUUUUGCAUCCCUUUCCUCAUUAUUGUUGGCAGCUAUGGACACGUGACCUAUAUUGUCUGCCGCUCAAAUACGAUUGACAAGGAUCUGAAACGACGAAGCUUGAAGCUGUUGGUUAUUUUGAUUCUUCUGUUCUCAGUCUGUUACGUUCCCUACCAUGUAUUCAAGAACCUCAGCCUGUAUUCCAGAGUUCUGAUUUAUCAGAAUAUAUGCAGCAAAUGGGACUCAGGAGUCUUCAUUGCUCGUCAGGCAAGUCGUGGUCUCGUGAGUCUGAACAGCGUUCUCAACCCGCUGGUGUAUCUCCAUGUAAAUGAGGAUAUGGGUGUUCAGUUCAGGCAGCUGCUGCAGGAAUGUCAAGAGAAGUUGUGUUGUUUGUUUCAGAGAAAAUCACGCUCUAUGUCUGUACCACAGACUGAGCAAGAAUGACCUUUAACAGUUUACUUUUUCAUUCAUUUACAUAUCCAUUUAUAUUUUUUGUACAGUUUUUGUAAAGUUUCUUAUGCUUUGUAUUCUUUUCUUUUAUAAUUUUUUUGUUUCUCUAAUUUUUCUGAUUAUACAAGAUAAAUCUGCUAUGAUUUUUAACAACAAGAACUGCAUUUUCUGUAAACCACACAAGGUUCCUGGUAUGAACACAGGCUCUAAUUAUAGACCACCACUGACAACAGUCAGUCAGUCAGUCAUUUUCUACCGCUUAUUCCAUAGUGGGUCGCGGGGAAGCUGGUGCCUAUCUCCAGCAGUCUAUGGGCGAGAGGCAGGGUACACCCUGGACAGGUCGCCAGUCCAUCGCAGGGCCCACUGACAACAGUUCUUUCUAAUUUAUCCAUUUAGUUUUCAUUAAUCUAAAUGACAAACUUUCCUUUAGGAUAAGCAGUUUUAUGUUGCUUUUACUAUAAAGUUUGCCAUUCAUUGCAUACCACAAGAGGAUAAAGAAAAAAAUAGAUUUGCAAUUGAAUGCAUGAAAUAUAUCUAUAAAAUUUCACCACCAUGACAAAAAUAAAUAAAAGCACUUACAAUGUAUGCCUUUCAACCAUUGCACAGCAGCAAAAGUUGUAAAACACCGUAAUUCAGUGUUUUUAUCCAAAUUAGAUCAAAUUAGAAUCAACUCAGUCAGUUCUGUUGUGAAUAGAUUAAUUGAACAGAGAUGUUGUUAUAUGUUAUGUAGAGAAAGCAAAACUUGAGUUUAGUUUAGUGGAACGGUUGCACAUCAUCCCACACAAACAAUAAAACGGUUUAGUUUUUAUCACUGAUAAGCUGGAGCAGCAGUUGGACAUAAUAAAGCGCUAUACAAGUGCAGGCCAUCAUACCAUCUAAAUAAACCACAGAACGUCCGAGAGAAACGAUGCUGGGUGUGAUGUUGAGCAACAGUGACUGUUUCUAUCUGAUAAGGCAAAACACAUUUUCCAUGUUACCAAGUUCUGCUUUACUUACAAUGACGUGCUCUUCAAGAAUUUGAGCUUGAUUACGAACAUAGCUCUCCAUAAUACUUUCAGAAACAUGAUUAGCUGCAACAGUUUACUGCACUAACCUCACACAGAGCAGAAAGAGAUUUAGGUGGUUCUCUCAAAAUUUUGAUAAAACUCUAUAUUCUGUGCAAACAUUGUGUGGAGAAUAAAAAACAACUAAAUUAACUCAAAGCAUCAACUCAAGCGAUCUAUGUGUUUCAGUUUGACUUUGAGGACAUACUUCUCAGGGUGUCCAAUAGGUGGUAAGAAUUUUACAUGGCCCCCAACUUUAUUUCAGACAUAUAUUUAAGACAGGUACCAAUUUGGACCUCCAGCAAAUGGAGCAGAUUGACACUUUGUAUAAUUUUCAUAGGAUGAGAGUUUCACCUGCAUAUUUAUAUCUUCUUAAAUGGAAAAUGUUUGGUACAAACAAGGUAUUUUUCUUUUAUUUGCCACACUUUUCACUUUCAUUUUCAUAUCAUAGUAAGUAGGGCCAAAAACACUCAGAGACAUUUUACUCCACAGACUUGUGCACCCCGUUCAGUAAACUUGGCUAAAUAAAGCAUUUUAGUAGAAAGUUCUUGCUGGGAUUAGACUAAAACAUUUUCUAGAUCAACAAAAUAGAAAACAUUCAAACGAAAAUGUUAGGAAACUGGACUCCUUUUUUUAAAUUAAUAAAUCAAACUGCAAAUUGGUCUUUUCUACUUUGGUUCGCUAGGUAAAAAGAACAGCAUUAACAAUAAAAUUAUUUUGGGUCUUUUCAACUUGAACAUUUUGGUCCAUGGUGCAAAAAGUUUGGACACCACUGAUCUAGAAACUAAUGGGCAGUGUUUAUAUUUUUGGAGGUUUUGUUGCACAACUGGGACAAAUUUCUGUCCCAAUCUAAUUGCUUGAUAGUGUUAUAUUGAUUGAAAUUCUCCCUUCUGGUGGUGCACCUCUCCUCAAGUAAUGAAAGGACCAUUAGCAAUGCAAUUUGCCAAUGAACUACUUUCAUCUUUAAUUAGCAGCAGUAGUACUUUACUAUUGCUAAAUGCAUUUUCAGACCUUCAGAUGUAAUUCAUCCACCUAGAGAAGUGGUUCUUAAACUUUUCAUAACAACUACCACCUCAGUACCACCCACUAAGGUUUGCAAGUACAACCACAGUGACAAACAAAAUAUUAAAACAGUAGUACAACAAACAAGAUUUUUUUCAGUUUAUUGUGUUUUCUAAUAAAAAGAAACGGAAAACAAUUGGAAAAGGUUCUUAUACACUGGCUUGCAUCCUUGGUUGAGAAAUGCAAUCUGAAUAUUUGUUUUAUUAUUUACUCAGAAGUUUACCUGUCCUUAUUCCAAACUGGAAAAAUUUAACAAGAGGUACCCUGAUGUUGGGUUGCACGAUAUCAGGAAAGCAUUUAAAUUGCAAUAAUGUCUGUGAAUGGUGUGAUAAUGAUUUGACUUGUGAUAAAUAAACAAAUAAGUGAAUAUUAUGAAUUA